UAGGAGAUCGCUACGACCACCCGGCGGCUUGCGUGUCGGCGUUGCGCAGCGCCUUCCUUAGGGGCACCCACGUCAUAGCUUGCUGGCCUAAGUGCAUCUCCAUAAAAAUUGAGACCGCCCCAAUGACCGCGUGUAUGAGGUUGGGAGCCCCCGGAUUCAGGAUUCACGAUUCACGACAACAGUUUCGUUUCACAACAACAGUCUUUGCUUUCCACAUUCACCGCAAUCAACGUUACUGCACAUUCGUCGCUGAGUCCUGAACAACAUGGGUCUCUUCAGUCGCCGCCGGUCUGAGAACUCGGCUGCCACAACAGUGGAGCAAGGCCACCCUGAACUCACAAAGCCGCAGCUCAAGCGAGCAACGCGGACACGCAAGACCUGGGCCCUGAUUACAUCCUUUUUCCUAUUUGUCGCUAUCAUCUUCCUCAUUCUUCUGCAGAUCAGCGGCACAUACAACAAGCACCUACUUAGGGACUGGUACUUCAUCCGCCUCGAUCUCAGCAAUGUUGUUCCGUCGUCGGUGCCCAACUUCGCCCUGAUCAACACCAUUGCGCAAACGCUGGGUCUGCACGAUUUCUACCAGGUCGGUCUAUGGAACUUCUGCGAGGGCUAUAAGGGCGAGGGCGUCACCUACUGCUCUCCGCCUGAUACACUGUACUGGUUCAACCCCGUCGAGAUUCUGCGUAACGAGCUGCUUGCCGGAGCGUCGAUCAACCUACCCGCCGACAUCAACGACAUCCUCGACCUUAUUAGGCUCGUAUCAAACUGGAUGUUCGGCCUCUUUCUCACCGGCACCGUUCUCUCCUUCGUCCUCAUCUUCGUAAUGCCCAUCUCUGUCUUCACGCGCUGGCUCGCCCUCCCCGUUGCCAUCCUCGCCUUCCUCAACGCGCUCUUCGUUACCGUCGCGUCCGUACUGGCAACCGUCAUGUUCAUCAUCUUCCGCAAUACUAUCGGUGGUGUGGCAGAGUUGAACAUCGGCGCUAAGAUCGGCACGACUAUGUUUGCGUUUAUGUGGGUUGCGAGUGCGAUGACUAUCUUUGCGUGGCUGGUGCAGAUGGGACUGUGCUGCUGCUGCGCUAGUCGACGAGAUGUUAAGACUGGACGCAAGAGGGGUAAUGAGAAGGCGUAUUCUAUGGAUGUUCAGAGGGGCGUCAUUGAUGGCGCGGCUGACCCUGUUGUUGAGCCUAAGGACGCCCACCCUGCACGCGGUGUCAAGUUCUGGAAGCGUCGCUAGUCGCCUCGCGAGGAACUCUUCGAGUCUUUGUUUUUCAUGAACGCUC